AAGGUAUUGACCUAGAUGAACUUGGUGAUUUGUAUGCUGAUAUUGAGGACAUCGGUAUUGGUGGAUCGCGCCAGUACGAAAGGGAUAGCAGCUUACGAGAUAUUGAACUUGAACGUUUAAGAAAAGCUGGUAGUCAAAGCAAUUCUGCAAUUACAGGAUUAAAUAGUACUGGAACGGAAGUUCCAGAUAUGUUAGCAUCAUUAGCAGAAAACAUAAGUCAUGAUAUUUUGGAAUUUUCUGGACAACUUGGAAGUAUUGGUCAGCAAAGGCCAAGUCCCAUAGGAUUACGACCAUCCAUUUCUAUGUCAGAAAGCUUUCCUCAUUUUGAUGAUAGUAUUGAAAUUCCGAAUUUUCAAAUAUUUGGAGAAUUAGAAGAAGAUAGUAUGAUGAGUAGUUCAUCUAAAGAUAAACAUCAUGAUUCAGAUCAAAGAUCUGGUGUAAAUACUGAGGUAUCAAGCGCGAUAUUUCAAGAUAUUAUGAUGGCUCAGUAUGUUAAACGAGGCGAAACUGCUAAAGCUUUUUAUAAUAUUUUAG